AUGAGCACACAGCUUGAUCAAUUCAACCUGGCCAAGUCUACCCACCAAACGACGUCCCAGAUCUAUAAUGCCGUUCAGGAUCAGAAGAAAGUUCUUCAAGACAGCUCUGAUCGGGAGACAAGGAGGAUUAUCUUGGACUGGGUAUCAAAUGCGAAUUACUCUCAGAAGCACUGGGAACUGCAAUCAUCUAGGGUAAAGGAUACAGGUACAUGGAUCUUGCAGACAGAUGAGUAUAUCAGAUGGCGUGAUGACCCAGCCACAUCUAACGUUCUCUUUUGUCACGGGAUCCAGGGCUCUGGCAAAACAAACCUUGUAUCAUUUAUCAUCGAUGAUCUUAUCAGCUCUGAUUCGAGUCAACCGUUUCACACGGCGUUCUUCUAUUUUGACCACCAGGACCGGCAUCGUCAAGGUGCAUUGGCAGUCUUAUCGUCGAUCCUCAGACAGCUUUUGGAGAACCUUCCAGAGCUCCCAGAGAGUCUGGCUCAGUUGCACAAAACGCUCAGCCCGAGAGGACAACUCUCUCUUCAUGACUGUCAAAGUAUAAUGACAAAUGUUGCGACAAAUCUCGGAAGCGUGUAUCUGGUAUUGGACGCCUUGGAUGAGUGUGCUUCCGAACAGAGAAAAGUAUUUCUACAGUCUAUCGGUCAGGUAUCGCAGCUACAAAACGUGCGGUUACUCGUGACGAGCCACCCUCACAUUCAGGAUCUUGCUGAAAUAUUUGGGCAUUGCCCUACGCUUGAGAUCAAAGCUCAAGAGGGAGACAUCAAGAUGUACCUCGAUCAUGAGCUAGACAGACAGUCCAUAAGUUACAGAGCCGACCCUGAUUUCGCCGAAAGACUCGUCAAGAAACUAACAGAAGGUGCAGAGGGAAUGUUUCUUCUCCCAGUUCUGCAACUUCGUACCGUAUUACAACAGCCAACCCAGGGCGACAUGGAGGACAAACUUGAACAUUUAUCUCAUAGCCUCGGUGGCGCUUUCGAAGAUGCCAUUACUCGCAUUCAAGGACUGCAAGAAGGAUACAGUCGCAUCGGCAUGGAGAUUCUUAUGUGGCUUGCCCAUGCAGCGCGGCCAUUGACCCUGUCUGAGGUCAGCGAUGCCUUGGCAAUCCAGAAGGGCCGAAAGGCAGUCAACGCCAAGUAUCGUCCAGGCGCCAGGGUAAUUAUUGAGUCCUGCCAAGGGUUGGUUAUUGUCGAUUCAGAGGGUUACAUCCGAGUGGCACACCAUGCGAUUCAAGAAUACGUGGAUGCUCAUCAAGAAGUCCUGUUCCCUCAUGCUCAGGGAAUAAUUGCCUGCAAAUGUCUACAGUAUCUACUGUUCCAGGACUUCGAAGAGGGUCCAUGGUCCACAAAGGAUGAGAUCGAGUCAAGAAUGCAAUCCUACCCUUUCCUCGAAUACACCGCAAGAUAUUGGGGACAGCAUACAAGAGAAUCAGAAAGCCAUGUUGAGGUCCAGUCCACGUUGUUCACAUUCUUCACAUCUCUCGCGGCAACAGCUUCGGCAAACCAAGUCUAUCAUUAUUCACUAGGUCGACGUAAGUUGUACUGGAAUUCCGCGGAAUGUAAGAGUUGCACGCCACUUCACCAUUCGAGCCGCCACGGACUGGAACACGCUGUCGCCACACUUCUUGGCAACGGGAUGCAGGAUGUCAAUGAGUUGACAAGGAUGGGUAGCACACCUAUCAUCAUGGCCGCAGGUACUGGUCAUGUCCCGACUGUGAAGUUGCUCCUUGAGCGUGGAGCUAAUCCUUACUUGUCAAAUUGGUAUGGGAAUGCUUUACACUGUGCCGUUGAGGCUGGAAGAUCAGACGUCAUCGAGUUGCUCAUCUCUUGGGGAAUGGACCCCAACGAGUCGAUGGGCAACCGGACUUUUCUUGCCUGCGCUUUGGAUCGCGACUCAGUUGACGCAGUCGAGACAUUGGUAAACAUGGGUGCAAACCUUGAGGCACAACAUAGAGAGUACCCAUGUCAUUUAUUCUUUGAUGCUGCUUUUGAGAAUUGCGAAAAGAUCAUUGAUUUAUUUAUCCAGCGUAGUUGGGUCGAUAUUGAGAUGAAAGACAGGUAUGGUCACUCUGCAAUGCACCACGCUACCAUGGGCGUAGCGAUAGGGGUUACCAAGAAGCUUAUAGAGGCCGGUUCGGAUAUAAACGGACUGGACGGGAUAGGCAAAACCCCUCUUGACCACGCAACAGCUACUGGGAAUCAUGUUAUUAUCAAGUUGUUAGCUGAAUCCGGAGCGAAAAUAAAGGUGGAACUUUAG